CACUGCGGAGUGAAUUGACUGGGAUCGACGUAUAGGUGUUUAGCCCAUAUUCAAAGAGGAAAGGGUUCGGAGAGCAGGCGUGAGUGAGGUGUGAUGGACAAAAAGCAGUGCGGGUCAUGGCCUCGAUGAAUGAGCAUAUGAAUGAUUCCAGCGUCAAUCACUGCUGAACACAGGCUUUGGUCAGACUGUGGGAGCACAGAAUCAAGAGUCGUCAGUAAGUGAUUCCAGCCACGCCUCUUUCCAAAGCAAAUCCCAACCAUGACUGACCAUCCCGGGUCACCUGUGAAAUCAGAAGGCGCCGAAUGUCCGAACAGCGGUGUGGAGGAAUAUCAGUACCGCGGGGCUGUAGAGGAGCACAUCGCAAUCCUCAAUGAAAAUAAAUACAAAAAUGUUCCUGUCUGCUGUUCUGCCCGUUACAACCUUGCCAUUAUGAUGUUCAUUGGCUUUUGCAUAGCUUAUGCACUACGUGUCGAUCUCAGCGUUGCCAUGGUUGCCAUGGUAAAUGGCAGUGAACAUCAAAAUCUUCUCAACUCCUCAGAGAAAAUUUGCCCUAAACAUGACAACUACAAUGCAACCAACAAUGGUUUCCCAUCAGGGGUUGAGAUGUACAACUGGGAUUCUGAGACGCAGGGGAUCAUUCUCAGUGCGUUUUUCUACGGCUAUCUCUUCACCCAGAUCCCGGGUGGGUACUUGGCCGGGCGGUUUGGAGGGAAGGUACUGCUUGGCUACGGGAUCCUCAGUGCUGGCAUCUUUACCUUGUUCACUCCCAUCGCAGCAAAACUAGGAGUGCCUUAUCUGAUCGCAGUCAGAGCCAUAGAGGGGCUGGGAGAGGGUGUAAUGUUUCCAGCCAUGUUUGCAAUGAUGGCACAAUGGGCACCUCCACUGGAACGCACCAAACUCACAACCAUUGCAAGCGCCGGGACGCAGUUCGGAACCUUCAUUUCCCUCCCGCUCAGCGGCACGAUCUGUCAGUACGUCGGCUGGCCCUGGGUCUUCUACAUUUUUGGUGCAGCCACCGUCGUCUGGUUUGUUUUCUGGCAGAUUCUUAUUUCAGACUUGCCGCGAAAUCACCCGCGAAUCUCCGAGCUGGAAAAAAAUUACAUUGUCGAUAGGUUGGCAAACCAGGUAACUGGUUCUCAUGGCUGGUCCAUUCCAAUGCUGUCGAUGGUGAAAUCUGUGCCACUGUGGGCAAUCAUUGUGACUCACUUCUCCGCCAACUGGUCCUUCUACACCCUGCUGACGGGUCUCCCCACAUACCUGAGUGAAAUCCUCAGGUUCAACAUCAAAGAGAACAGCUUCCUCUCUGCGUUGCCUUACCUGGGGGGCUGGUUGGCGAUUCUUUUUGGUGGGCAACUUGCUGAUUUCCUCAGGAAACGUAAAAUCUGCUCAACGUUGGCUGUCAGGAAGAUCUUCACGUUGCUGGGCACGUUGAUGCCAGCGACAUUCCUUAUUGCUGCCGGAUACGUGGGAUGUAACUACAAGGCGGCAAUUGCACUUCUGGCACUUUCCACCACUUUCGCAAGCUUCAACUCAUCUGGAUUUGCUGUCAAUCACUUGGAUAUAGCACCACAAUAUGCUGGCUUUCUCAUGGGAGUUACAAAUACCUUCGGGACCAUUCCUGGCAUUUUGGGCCCCACUGUGACUGGGCUUCUCACAACCGAGGGCACCUUACAUGGCUGGCAGAUGGUGUUUUUCAUAUCAGCUGGUAUCAAUAUCUUCGGAGCAGUGUUCUACGCUGUAUUUAGUAAAAGUGAGAUCCAGGAGUGGGCAAAGCAAUAAACCGCUGUUCAUGAACAUCAAGCCAUAAAAAAGGAUUCUCACCACCAUUAACAAUGGGCAAGGAAAAAGUACACAUCAACAUUGUGGUCAUUGGCCAUGUUGACUCUGGCAAGUCAACCACCAC